UAUACGCUUUAUUUUCCUGUGACCUGAGUCCACACAGAUCAUGUACAGAAUGCACUCGAUCUGACCUGUCAAUAAAUACAGUUUUAUGAAGGUAUACACUCAGCCUCGAAGUCUGUUUGGAUUUAUAGAUUUAUUUUCGUUGUGUUGGGAAAUGAAUCCUCACUUUCUGAGUUACCGUCUUCAAACAGGUAAAUUAACAUAUAGCAGUCAUUAGAAAAAUUUAGUAUUCAAUGGAAUUAUUAUACAUUCUUUGGCUCCAAUAGCCGCGCACGCUCUUGUUCUCCUGCAGCAAAAUCAAACCAGCCUUGGCACGAGCUCACCUUGCAGUGUGUGACAUGUAUGUCCACAAACACAAGUCCCGUCAUUACACCGACUAGAUGAGAUUAAACAAACACAUUAAGAUGUCCAACGUGGAAUAAUUUGAGUAUGAACAACAACAACAAAAUCAGAGGAUGGGAAUGGCAGAGGAUUGAAUUGGAUUGUGGUGUUUCGUGCGCGCUCGGGUUUGUGCGCGCGCCUUCCUUCUUGCGUAUGUGUGUGUAUUUAAAAAAAAGAAAAGAAGAGAAAAGAGGGGGAGUCACAUCGCUGACAUUUCAGAGCUCCCGCUCUGAUUGGCUCUUAUUUGAGGAAGCUCACGGGUUCUUUCAACUAAUAAGCGCCUCCCCGUCGCUCUAAAGGACAUUAUAAUGCAAGGGACCUCCUUUUUUUAACCACAACCCGAAUUUUCGUUCAUUUAGACGAUAUAUACUUUUUAAAUUGCCCCAAAGUUGUGGGAUUUUUUUGGAACGCAUUUCACCCUGGAGCGGUACGCGAUGCUCUCUCACGCCGACCUCCUGGAUGCUCGGCUCGGUGAGUUAUCGUCACUAAACUCCGGCCCUAAACUCCAGUGGAUGAAGGAUGCUGCAGAGUUACUCGGACAUCGAGAUGCUCUCAAGUGCCGGCUGGGUGGCGGCGUGCCAGACCAGGGGCACCCGGGAGACAUGGCCCCCGGUUCGGACUCCGUGGAGGGCACUACCCUCUUACCGGGAGAAGACAUCGCCACCGGGGGAUCCAACUCCGGCGGCAUGGCGGUGAACGGGAAGGAGCAGGAGAAGCAGCAGCAGCAGCAGCAGCAGCCGCAGCAGAGCUCCAGUCAGUCCGCCAAACAGAAGCGGCACCGGACGCGCUUCACGCCGGCGCAGCUCAACGAGCUGGAGCGCAGCUUCGCCAAAACCCACUACCCGGACAUCUUCAUGCGGGAGGAGCUGGCGCUGAGGAUCGGCCUCACGGAGUCCAGAGUUCAGGUUUGGUUUCAGAACCGACGCGCCAAGUGGAAGAAGAGGAAGAAGACCACCAAUGUGUUCCGCUCCCCGGGGACGCUGCUCCCCACCCCGGGCCUGCAGCAGUUCUCUGCCGCGGCCGCCAUGGAGAACAGCCUGUGCUCCUUCCACGCCAACGACUCUCGCUGGGCCACGGGGAUGCCGGGCGUCUCCCAGCUGCAGCUCCCGCCGGCCAUGGGUCGCCAGCCGGGCAUGCAGUCCCUGUCACAGUGCGGCCUGGGCCCGGGGCCGCCAAACUCCAUGGGGCUCUCCAACGGCCUUUCCUCCAACGGGUCCGGCCUGCAGUCCCACCUCUACCAGUCGCAUUUCCCCGGAAUGUCGGCCUCUCUCUCCGGCCCCACGAACGUAUCGGGCUCGUCGCAGCUGUGUAGUUCCCCGGACAGUGACAUGUGGAGAGGGACAAGCAUCGCGUCACUGCGGCGCAAAGCGCUGGAGCACACAGUGUCCAUGAGCUUCACUUAGUGACUUUUCAACAACAACAACAACAACAACAAAACACCCCGCCGCAAUCCUUUCCUCCCGACCUCCUCCCCUCCCAGCCCCACCAUGCGGCUCUUUUUCGGUUUUUAUUCCCGCUAUUAGAUCAAAACGAGAGAGCGGGAGCGCGCGAGCUAAUCAGACCUGACAUGAGAAAAUGGAGACCGAGCUUCAUUUAGGCAGAAAGAGAAGGACAACACUGAUGGACACAUGGAAGAAAAAAAUAUCUUGGGGUUGGAGUUAUUUAUCUUAAUUCAAAAGGAUCAACUAUUGAUGAUACAUACUAUUGUAAUGAUCUCUAGACUAAUGGCCCUAAUUACUGAGAGCCAAAACAAUCGUCGUAUUUGCAUUUUCAUUGAGUGUGUCUUUACGCACACGCGUUAUUGUGUUCAGGUGAAGUUGUGUUAUGUCAAACGGUUAUUUAUGAGAUUGGGUAUACAUGUUGGUAACAGCCUACCACACACGCGCACCACACUGUAGGUGAGCCUAUUGAACUGGGUCUCGGGCAUGCACUGUGCAUGUGGAUUUAAACGCUUGGAUAAUUUAAGGAGAAAAUGAUGCCCACUCAGAUUGAAGAGGUCCUUUUGUGAGGCGACCUGCAGUCUCGUCUGCAUGAGAGGGGAGCAUACAUCUUAAAGAGGACAAAAAAAACAAAAACAAUGAUCUUUCAGUAUAGGCCUAAUGCUGUUUUAGGAUGUUUUGUGUAGCUAAAACAUUCUUGCUAUGUACCCGCUGGUCUUUUUUGUGACAUGUUUUAACUUAUUGUAUGUGCUAUUACUUGACACAUUUCUUAAAUGUUUGAUCAAAUGCUCUACAUUGACGGGUUUGUACCAAUUUAAAAAUGAACAAACAAAUAAAAGUAAUUUUCAAGAAUGUCA